AUGGCUGACGACUUUACUAGGAGUCAGGUCAAGUAUACCGACCCCAAGAAUUAUGACCAGGUAAUCAUGGUGACUCAAAAUACUAUCAACAAGCAGUUGCACAACAUGUGGGCUUUGGAAGAAGAAUCUUCCAAACUCCGCACCUUGACCACGUCGAACAGUGGAGGGUCAAUCGACGCCAAGCUGGAGGCUCCGAGGAUCGAACUGAAUAUCAAAGACAGCACGAAGCCAAUCUAUUACUAUCUUACUUUCAAGUCGGGCACGCUCAAGGUUUACCAGAGCGAUGAUCGAGCCGAUACAAGCACUCGGGACUUCGAUGUCAAAGGCUGGACCAUCUGCUUUGCAGCGCAGAUCUCUCGCAAAAUUGUCACCGGCAAUGAAACGGAGUUUGACGUAUACACCACGAAAACCGGAUUGAAAGACUGUGUCUUUUCAUUGGCGAAGCUCUAUUUAGAUGCGACCAGUAUACCCGAUCCCUCAAUUGCAUCGACGCUUCCGAUCCCGGCCAACAGCUCGUACGCCAAUGUCGAUUGGAAGAACGAGACCACCAUCGUGAAAAGUAACUUUGAUACAUUCAUGUCUCGAUGGGUGGUCGACAUGGGCAAUGCCCAGAAAAACGUCGUCGGCUACUCGGUUCUGGCCGGUAGCACCGUCAAUCCCCAUGCGCCCAGCUUUUCUCCGACUGCGAUUGACUAUUGUAAUUAUCCAUGGCGCGAUCCCUCCGACUAUGCCAAUUUGCAGACCAAUAAAAAUGACCAGGACGGUGUGGACCAAAACGCAUUCAGCUAUCUCAUCACGACUCAGAAGAAAGAACCCCCAGAGGCGCGCGUCCUCGAAUACUCGGCACCCUUCGUCAACAACGCUCACGGGGCCGUGCUGUGCAUGAACCGGGAGCUUUUCUGGGCAUCCUGGAUGCUGGACCAUCUCCGAAAGCUCGUCCGAGGGACAGAGAUGAUACCCCAGAAGGCAUAUCUGGAAGAUGUCACAGCGAAGUACCCAGACUACGCCUCCGUUGUUUCAACGGCACCCAGUUUUGCGUUCGGUACCAACCCGGACCAUCCAAACGCUGAUGACAGUUACUUUGCGCUAACAGACGAGGGCCCCGAGUGGAGUUGGAGCAAGUAUGCUACCCCAAGCACGGUGUCUGUGGAUGUCCCCAGCACCAACUCCAAGAGAACGGUGACGGAAACAGCCCAAUCUGCCGUGCAGGUCACUUUCGUCUCCGGUGGCCAGAAAAUCGCCAUUACAGGUUCCAACUCGUUCAGAUUCCAUUACAGUUCCAGCGAAGGUGGCCACGCCACUCUCACGACCCAGACCUGGUGGCAUCUCAACUUUGCUCUCGGGGCUGUCAGCGACGGCGGGUUACAGAUCACACGAGUGGCCGAUCCCACCGGUGUGGAAAGCGUCACGACCUCGCACUCCUUUGAAAACGACCAGCUGGAAUGGAAUUAUCCCUUCGGCGAUUUUGCCCAAGCCAUCUCGGACACACUGAAGAGAUGGUUCAACAACAGCCUUGCGUGGCUGACGAACGAUCUCGUCAGCGCGCUACAGCACCAUCACAAACUAUACCUGCCUGCAUCGGGGGUCUUCCUCAUGCAAGAUGCCAAGUUCAACAAGCGAGGAGACCUGCUCGUGGAGUUGCACUAUAAUGGGUGA